CCUCACUCCCUUACCCACUCCCUUACCCAUUCCCUUACCCUCACUCCCCUACCCCACUCCUCUGUUUUAAAACCCUUAGAAGACUCUUAACGUUUGUCUAUCAAGUAAGGCCUUUGGGAUCUUACUCUCUACCUUGCCAGCCUUAACUUCUUGCCUGGGCUCAUCCUAUUUUAUGCUCCAUUGUAAUUUUUAAAAAUUUAUUUGUGGAUCCUUGAACUGCUACACUGAAACUGCAUUGAGCCAAGCUUGCCACCAAGAGCCCAACAAUCAUCAUGAUGCUGAGCACGGAAGGCAGGGAGGGGUUCGUGGUGAAGGUCAGGGGCCUACCCUGGUCCUGCUCAGCUGAUGAAGUGAUGCGCUUCUUCUCUGAUUGCAAGAUCCAAAACGGCACAUCAGGUAUUCGUUUCAUCUAUACCAGAGAAGGCAGACCAAGUGGUGAAGCGUUUGUCGAACUUGAAUCCGAAGAUGAAGUGAAAUUGGCAUUGAAGAAGGACAGAGAAACCAUGGGACACAGAUACGUUGAAGUGUUCAAGUCCAACAGUGUUGAAAUGGAUUGGGUGUUGAAGCAUACAGGUCCGAAUAGUCCUGAUACUGCCAACGAUGGCUUCGUCCGGCUUAGAGGACUCCCAUUUGGCUGUAGCAAGGAAGAGAUUGUUCAGUUCUUUUCAGGGUUGGAAAUUGUGCCAAAUGGGAUGACACUGCCGGUGGACUUUCAGGGGCGGAGCACGGGGGAGGCCUUUGUGCAGUUUGCUUCGCAGGAGAUAGCUGAAAAGGCCUUAAAGAAACACAAGGAAAGAAUAGGGCAUAGGUACAUUGAAAUCUUCAAGAGUAGCCGAGCUGAAGUCCGAACCCACUACGACCCCCCGCGAAAGCUCAUGGCUAUGCAGCGGCCAGGUCCUUAUGAUAGGCCAGGGGCUGGCAGAGGGUAUAAUAGUAUUGGCAGAGGGACUGGGUUUGAAAGGAUGAGGCGUGGUGCCUAUGGUGGAGGGUAUGGAGGCUAUGAUGACUAUGGUGGCUAUAAUGAUGGCUAUGGCUUUGGGUCUGAUAGAUUUGGAAGAGACCUCAAUUACUGUUUUUCAGGGAUGUCUGACCAUAGAUAUGGAGAUGGUGGGUCCAGUUUCCAGAGCACCACAGGGCACUGUGUACACAUGAGGGGAUUACCUUACAGAGCCACUGAGAAUGAUAUUUACAAUUUUUUCUCACCUCUUAACCCCAUGAGAGUGCACAUUGAAAUUGGACCCGAUGGCCGAGUUACUGGUGAGGCAGAUGUUGAAUUUGCUACCCAUGAAGAUGCUGUGGCAGCUAUGGCAAAAGACAAAGCUAAUAUGCAACACAGAUACGUGGAGCUCUUCUUGAAUUCUACUGCAGGAACAAGUGGGGGUGCUUAUGAUCACAGCUAUGUAGAACUCUUUUUGAAUUCUACAGCAGGGGCAAGUGGUGGUGCAUAUGGUAGUCAAAUGAUGGGAGGAAUGGGCUUAUCCAACCAAUCUAGUUAUGGGGGCCCUGCCAGCCAGCAGCUAAGCGGGGGUUAUGGAGGUGGGUACGGUGGUCAGAGCAGUAUGAGUGGAUAUGACCAAGUGCUGCAGGAAAACUCCAGUGACUAUCAGUCAAACCUCGCUUAAGUAAACAAUACUAAACAGCUAUUACAAAAAUAAAAUCUCUGCAUUUAUGGGAGUUGUAGAAUGGGAGGGAUGUCUAGUAUAUCCAGUAUGAUUGGUAAAUGGGAAAUACUGAUUCUGAUCACUCUUGGUCAGCUUCCUCUUUCUUUCUUUCUUUCUUUCUUUCUUUCGUUCUUUCGUUCUUUCGUUCUUUCAUUCUUUCCUUUUUUUUUUUAAGAAAACAAAAGUUAAGUUUAACAGUUUUGCAUUACAGGCUUGUGAUUCAUGCUUACUGUAAAGUGGAAGUCAAGGUUUUACAACUUUAAGCUCAGUAAUUUUGAACACUGAAACAUUCAUCUAGGGUGUAAUAACAACGUUCAGUAUUGACCAUAACUGUUAAAACAAUUUUCAGCUUUCCUCAAGUUAGUUACAUUGUAGGAGUAUACCUAAGCAGUAAGCAUUAUUUAGGUUAAAGCAGUUUCACUUAUGUUAAAUGUUGCUCUUAUACCACAAUACCUUGAAAACUUUGGAUGCAUGUUGAGAAACAUGCUUUUCUGUAAAACUCAAAUAUAGGAGCUGUGUCUACGAUUCAAAGUGAAAACAUUUGGCAUGUUUGUUAAUUCUAGCUUUUUGGUUUAAUAUCCUGUAAGGCACGUGAGUGUACACUUUUACUUUUUUAAAGAUCUGGGACAAUUUUGAGAUGUAAUACCAAUACUUUAGGAGUUUGGUCAUGUUGUUUGUAUGAGAUUCUGAGACUUUGAUUUAAACCUUUCCUUGUAUUGUGAUUUCCAUUAGAUGUAUUGUACUAAGUGAAACUUGUUAAAUAAAUCUUCCUUUUAAAAAUGAAAAA